AUGGAAGAAGGAGAGAGAAAGGGGAAAAAACUAGACCUUGACUGGGAAAAGCUCUUGCCUGACCAUCAAGACGACGACGAGGAGCCUCCGACGGUACUGGUGGUUACAACCACCGGUGCGGAUGCGGAGAAAUCGGAAUCGGUGGCGAUGGACGGCGAACAACAACAGAACGGGUUUAGACAUUUGAGCGACAAAGAACUGACCCCACACCCAUCGCUCUCUGGCAAUUUCCAUUCCCUUUCUCACCUCCUUUUCUCACCUCCAUACUUGCAGUUCCUAGCAGAACACAGAGCAGAGCAUUGA